CCGUAUCCUCCGCCGUCUUCGUCUUUCGAUCACACGCCAUUCUACUGUGAGGAGAAUGUGUACUUGCUCUGUAAGAAACUAUGCUCAAUGGGGCUUGCGGAUCGCGAGGGAGCAGAUCUUUUUGUUGUGUUCAUAUCCAACGAGGAGAAAAGGAUUCCACUAUGGUGUCAGAAGGCUAGCAAAACAGCAGAUGGAUUGGUGAUAUGGGAUUAUCAUGUAAUCUGCAUUCAGUCACAAAACAAUAAUGAAGGCAAUGCGCAGUUUAUGGUAUGGGAUUUGGAUUCAAGUCUUCCUUGUCCAAUGCCACUUAAGCAAUACAUCAAUGAAGCCAUUCUACCACCCUUUUCCCUCAAUCCCAGAUAUAGCAGGCUGUUUCGGGUGGUUCAUGCUCCUAUACUUUUUCAAUGCUUUGCAUCUGAUAGAUCACACAUGAAAGAUUCCCUUGGAAAUUGGAUUUCUCCUCCUCCUGUGUAUAAACCUAUUGUUGCUGAAGAUGGAACGAAGAAUAACCUUGACGAGUACAUUCAGAUGCGUGCCAGCGAUAUUCCCUCAGAUGUUGAGGCCUUGAUUAAUGGUAUCUACUCCAACAAAUAUGGCGUCGUGAUUAAUGGAACAAUGUUGGAAAGCUUCUUUACACAGAUUUAUCAGCGCCGACAGUUUUCUACUUUAUUGUGCCAGUGAAUGUAUGACAUAUUUCAUAAUAUGUUUCUGGUGCUAUGAACCCUUCUUUUUUUUCUUUUUUUUUUCUUUUUUGUCUCCCUGUGGUUUGAUCCGGAGUGACUAGAAGAUGGUGAGGAACUGCAGAGGAUCUGAUGUAUGGGUGAUGACCAAACCAUGUAAUUUAUCCAGCUUGGGUAUCAAGUUCCAAAUUGUAUUUUUUCUUUUCUUUUCUUUUUAAAUUUUAGUUUAGUUGCAGAUUUAAUUGUAAAGCCAACUAGGCAUCAUUGAAACAA